AUGUCUGAUGUUAUUGAGGAUUUAUCCACAAGGUCAGUGACGAAGUUCUACCAAUAUCUCUUGGCUUUGGUGUUUGCUGUAAAAGAGAUCAAUGAGAAUCCUCACAUUUUACCAAAUGUCACUUUGGGUUUUCACAUCCUCAAUUGUUACUAUCUUUUGAAGAUGACCUAUAAGGCCACCCUCAGCCUCCUCUCAACACACCAGAAUUUCACCCCCAAUUUCAAGUGUGGUACCCAGGAAAAACUUAUAGCUGUCAUAGGAGGACUUAUGACUGAAAUCUCAACUAGCAUUGCAAGAAUAUUAGCCAUCUACAAGAUACCACAGCUCACUUUUGGAUCAUUUUCCACAGCGCAAAGGGACAGAUACACUUCCUUGUAUCAGAUGGUCCCCAAUGAAGCCUAUCAGUAUAUGGGAGUUGUACAUUUCCUUCACCAUUUCAGAUGGACAUGGAUUGGUCUCAUUGCUGUGGACAAUGAUAACGGGGACAGAUUUUUGCAGGCAGUGUUGCCUUUGCUUUCACAGAACAAAAUCUGUUAUUCCUUUAUUUUAAGAAUACCCAAAAGGACAUACAAGGAUGAAAUCCUCAUAUCACUGUUAGGGCUACAAGAACAAUAUUCACAUCUUGUUGAGUUCAAAGCCAAUGUGUACUUUGUAUAUGGGGAGCCUCCAACACUGCCCAUUUUGAGCAUGUUGCUUUAUACAACAGAAAACUGGAUACUUCAAGGUAAGGUGUGGAUUAUUACAUCUCACUGGGAAUUUGAAUCAUUGUCCAUUCAAAAGAUUUGGAACACAGAAAUCUUCCAUGGUGCCAUAUCAUUCACAGUCCACUCUAAUCAGCCACCUGGAUUCCAAAAGUUCCUUCACACCAUAAGACCUUCCUGGGCAAGAGGAGAUGGCUUUAUCCGGGACUUUUGGGAGGAGGCAUUCAGCUGCUCAUUGGAAAUUUCCAAUGUGCACGAAGAGAACAAGAGAAUCUGCACUGGAGAGGAGAAGUUGGAGAAUGUUCCAGGAAUUUUGUUUGAAAUGGACAUGACUGGUCACAGCUACAAUGUCUACAAUGCUGCCUAUGCUGUGGCACAUGCUUUCCAUGCCAUCUACGUAUCAAGAUCCAUAAAAAGAAGAUUCAAAGAUGGAGGUCAUCUGGAAUUUCUGAAUCUUAAUCUUUUUCUGAGAAGCUUGUCCUUCAACAACAGUGCUGGAGACACCGUGCAUUUUAAUGAAAAUGGAGAAUUAGUGGAAGGUUUUGAUGUUACUAACUGGAUAACUUUUCCAAACAGCUCUUUUGUUAGAGUAAUAGUUGGAAGGCUAGAUCUUCAAGCUCAUCAAGGGCAAGAAUUAACCCUUAUUGAUGAUAUAAUUGUGUGGCACAGAAACUUUAACCAGGUGCUGCCCCAUUCUGUGUGCAAUGACAAUUGUAAUCCUGGUUAUCACAAGAAAAGGAAGGAGGGAAAGAAAUUUUGCUGCUAUGAUUGUGCUCCAUGUCCAGAAGAGAGGAUCUCUGACCAAGUUGACAUGGUUGCCUGUGUGAAAUGUCCAGAUGGUUUCUUUGCAAACAACCACCAAAACCAAUGCAUUCUUAAGGAUACAAGCUUCCUCUCUUUCAAAGAACCUUUAGGAAUCAUCUUGGUCGUGUUUGCAAUUUCUUUCUCUCUGAUCACAGCUUGGGUGCUUGGAGCUUUCAUAAAGUAUCGUGAGACACCUAUAGUCAAAGCCAACAACCGGAGCCUCACCUACAUUCUUCUCAUCUCCCUUCUUCUCUGCUUCCUCUGCUCUUUGCUCUUUAUUGGACAGCCUCAAAAUGUGACCUGUCUACUGCGACAAACUGCAUUUGGAAUCAUCUUCUGUAUUGCGCUAUCUAGUGUGCUGGCCAAAACCAUCACUGUAGUUCUGGCCUUCAUGGCAACCAAACCAGGAUCUAGAGUAAAGAAAUGGGUGGGGAAAAGAAUUGGCAUUUCUAUAAUAAUUUCCCUUUCCUUUAUUCAAGCAGUUGUUUGUAUUCUGUGGCUAAGUACUUCUCCUCCAUUCCCAGAUAAAGAUAUGCAUUCAUUGUCAAGGAAAAUCAUACUGGAAUGUAAUGAAGGGUCUGUUACCAUGUUUUACUGUGUUUUGGGCUACAUGGGCUUCCUGGCCACUGUCAGCUUCAAAGUGGCUUUUUUUGCGAGGAAGUUACCGGACAGUUUCAAUGAAGCCAAGUUCAUCACAUUCAGCAUGUUGGUCUUUUGCAGUGUAGGGCUGUGCUUUGUUCCGACCUAUCUGAGCACAAAAGGGAAAUUCAUGGUGGCUGUGGAGAUCUUCUCCAUCUUAGCUUCCAGUGCUGGUUUAUUAGGCUGCAUAUUUUUACCCAAAUGUUACAUCAUUAUUUUAAGGCCAGAGAUGAACAGUAGAGAGCAGUUAAUACAAAGAAAGAAUAAAAAAUUUUUUGCUUAG